AUGUAUUCUGUGACACAGCUGAUUUUAUGCAACACUGGUCUGGACAGCCAAUCCCCAGUGUUGGAGGGUAAUCCUAUCAAACCUAGGUGGUGGUCCACAUCAACAGACAGUGUACCUAGCGACCCGACACUGCUAAUCGCUGGUGUCCCCGAGACCGAUAAUCACAUGACGGCUAUUGCUGUGACAACGAGCCUUGUCCGCCGUGUGGGGAAGCUCUGCUGGCGGUUCCACCAACUCACAAUUCUUGUAUUCCGAUUCGCCCUCGCGUUGGAAAGUGACAAUGACAAAACCGACGAAUAUAUUGAUCAUAAAGAACGGGAUCAAGACGAUCUAAAUAUUUCCCUUUUAUGGUGGUCUUCUUCGGCUGAGUAUGCUACCCAAGACCUUGACGUGUUUCAGUCUAGCCUGAACAUACUACUCACAAGGUUGUUGAAAACUCCUCCACAGCCGACUACCGGUUUCGCUCUUCUUGGAGCUCAUCAG